ACAGCACCUACCAAGCGAGGGAUUUCAGUAGACACGCAGAGCCGGAUAAAAUGGCAUGCUAACGCCGAGCACGGACGGACCCUAUGGCAAGCUGCCUAUCGUUUCGUUAAAAUCGAAACUUCACUGGAAAAGCGGGCUUUCGGAGAUUCGUCAUGACCGGAAAACAUGCUCUUAGCCCGAGAAACCGCUGUCCCGCACUCUGUUGUAUCUACAAGAAGCCCAUCGGGGAGUUCGUAUGUGCCUGCGUGUCUUCGUAUUCAUCGUCGCGGUGGCAAUGUGUAGAACUCGUCCAAGGACGCUACUUUGGAGGCAGGCUGUAAAAUUACAGUCGUUGUGAUUAGCUUUACGUGCGGUGGAAAAAGCCGGCGGUGAAAAAAGAAUAGACGGUGGCAGACAUUGAAUGAGGCACGUUGCGUAUAGGAAAUACAGAGGCGGGUAUCUUUUUUAUGUUUAUCUCCGUUCUGGUUCUCUCUUGGUCUUUCAUUUGACACUGCUGUAGAGAGUAGCCAAAGCUUGACACGUUACAAAAGGAUGCAGGUCAAAAAGCAGAGGUGUUCGGACAGGGACACUGGAGACAUGCAACGUGAUGACAACCAGGAAAAGUCUUCGUGUUUCUCAAAUAUUAAGAUAUUCCUGGUGUCGGAAUGUGCGCUGAUGUUGGCACAAGGAACCGUCGGAGCGUACCUGGUGAGCGUUUUGACUACCUUGGAACGGAGGUUCAACCUUCAGAGUGCAGACGUGGGUGUGAUCGCCAGCAGCUUCGAGAUCGGAAACCUGGCACUCAUCCUCUUCGUCAGCUACUUCGGAGCCAAGGCCCACCGACCACGUCUGAUUGGCUGUGGGGGAAUCGUCAUGGCACUGGGUGCGCUGCUGUCUGCUCUGCCAGAGUUCCUGGCCCACCAGUACGAGUACCAGAUCGGAGAGUCAUGGCGGGCAGAGGAGGGUCGGGACUUGUGCUCCAAUGCUUCCCGGACAGAGGGGCGGGACCCAGGCUUUCUGUGUGGGAACAGGGCCAAAACCAAUAUGAUGUACUUGCUGCUGAUCGGGGCCCAGGUGCUGCUGGGGAUCGGGGCCACCCCUGUUCAGCCAUUGGGCGUGUCCUACAUUGAUGACCAUGUGCGGAGGAAAGACUCCUCCCUCUAUAUUGGGAUCUUGUUCUCUACUCUGGUGUUUGGUCCAGCCUGUGGGUUUAUCCUGGGGUCCCUAUGUACCAAAGUCUACGUGGACGCUGUCUUCAUCGACACCAGUAAGCUGGACAUCACCCCUGAGGACCCGCGCUGGAUCGGAGCUUGGUGGGGAGGCUUCCUGCUGUGCGGUGCCUUACUCUUUUUCUCAGCUCUCUUCAUGUUUGGCUUCCCUCAGUCCCUGUCAGACCGCGAGGGGGAGGGAGGGGGCGAGAGCCGGCAGGCCAUGCUCCCUGCCAACAGCACCCUGCCCCAGGACUAUGAGGGCUCCAAACCCAGCAACGGGGUCCUCCCUCACCCCGAACCUAACAGCACCCUGUCCUGCUGUGAACAGCUCAGAGUGAUUCCAAAGGUGACGAAGCACCUUCUCUCGAACCCUGUCUUCACGUGUAUCAUCCUGGCGGCUUGUAUGGAGAUCGCUGUGGUGGCCGGCUUUGCCGCCUUCCUGGGGAAGUACCUGGAGCAGCAGUUCAACCUCACCACCUCCUCAGCCAAUCAGCUCCUGGGAAUGACCGCCAUCCCUUGUGCCUGUCUGGGGAUAUUCCUGGGCGGGUUAUUGGUGAAGAAACUGAACCUGUCUGCUCUGGGUGCCGUUCGCAUGGCCAUGCUGGUCAACCUGGUGUCCACUGCCUGCUACGUCACCUUCCUCUUCCUGGGCUGUGACACAGGCCCUGUCGCUGGGGUGACAGUUACCUAUGGCAAUGAGAUCCUGCGGGCAGGCCAGAAGCCAGAGGCCCCCUGCAUUAGCCACUGUAACUGCCUCACCUCCUCCGUUAGCCCCGUGUGUGGCUCCAACGACGUCACCUACCUGUCUGCCUGCUUCGCUGGCUGCACCAGAACUAACCUGACGGGGUGCACAUGUAUCUCCAGCGACAGUAGCAACGCCACAGCUGUCCCCGGGAGGUGUCCCAGCCCAGGCUGCCAGGAGGCCUUCCUCAUCUUCCUCUGUGUCAUCUGUGCCUGCAGCAUGAUCGGAGCCAUGGCCCAGACGCCCUCCGUCAUCAUUCUCAUCAGGACUGUGAGCCCUGAGCUGAAGUCAUAUGCACUGGGAGUUCUGUUUCUGCUAUUGCGACUGUUGGGCUUCAUCCCUCCGCCGCUGAUCUUUGGCGCGGGGAUCGAUUCUACUUGUCUGUUCUGGAGCACGGUGUGUGGGGACAAGGGGGCCUGUAUGCUGUACGAUAACGUAGCCUACAGGCACCUAUACGUCAGCAUUGCCAUCGUCCUCAAGCUCAUCGCCUUCCUGCUCUACACCACCACGUGGCAGUGCUUACGCAAGAACUACAAGAAGUACAUCAAGAACCACGAGGGGUACCUUACCCCCACCGAACUGUUCGCCUCCAACCUCACACUGGACAAUGCAGGAAGGGAGAUCAGUCAAAACCCGGCCAGCAGGACAAAGUUUAUAUACAGCCUGGAGGAUCACGAGUGGUGUGAGAACAUGGAGUCGGUUUUAUAGUCUAAAACAACAGGAGUUCUGGCCGCUCAACAAGCGUGUAAUUCUUUUGAAGGAUCAGCAUUGUUCCUCUCUUUUUUUUAAGGAAAGAACUUUUUUUAAUACAGUUUACCCAUCAGACGUCCUGUCCAGGCCCCUGAAAAGACUGUUGCUGCUCUUCGCUUCAAAUACAAGGUGACCUGUAUACUGUAGGGGCCAUUUAUUCUCAGAUCUGUUUUGAGUCUGUUGUUGGUUUGUUGGUGAGUCAUCUGCUCCCAUGGUUCACUGUCACAAGCCCAAGUCAGAUAUGGAUCCAGUGACUUUGCAGUAAAGGAACAGGUUUGUUGAUUGUAUCUUUUUUUGCCUGUUGUUGUCAAAUUACAUUUUAUUUCUAUUUUCCCCAUAUCCCAUGUUAACGAUUUAUUUUGCUGUUUAAAUAUGCACAGACAGCUGUUUCAUAUAUGGCACAGGAGUUUGAGCACUGACAGGGAAUAAAACCUGACUUAUUAAAGUCUAGUUUUAGUGGCCAAAGACCCAU